GACUGGGCACCGGGAAUGGGAACUGGGACUGGGACUGGGCACCGGGAAUGGGAACGGGGACCCUGCACUGGGAUCGAGACCUGGACCGGGACUGGAGCCCUGGGAGCGGGUAACAGGAAGGGGCACUGGAACGGGCACCGGGACCGUGAAGUGGGAUCGGGAAUCGUGACUGGGACCGGGGAACCGGGAUCGGCACUGGGGGAGGGUGACGAGGGCGGCAGCGGUACCGAGCCACGGGACCAGCCGCCCGGAGCGGCCCCGGCCCCGGGCCCGGCUCGGAACGGCCCCGCCCGGAGCGGCCCCGGCCCCGGGCCCGGCUCGGAACGGCCCCGCACGGAGCGGCUCCCGCUGAGCCCGCCCGGCUCUUCCGGCGGCGCCGGGAGGAGGAGGAGCCGCGCGGGGAAGGUCACCGGGAGCGGCACCGGGAGCAUGCUGCGGCCCAGACCGGCCGCGCUCGUUUCGCUGAUGAGGGCGGCGGGGGGCGGCCGCCGGUGCCGGGACCCCUCGGGGGGGGCGCGGGUCCCGUCGCUCUGCUCUGCGCCCCACCCGCAGCCGGUGAUCGCCGCCAAGGAGCCGUUCCCGGUGGAGCUGCAGGCGGGGAAAACCUACGGCUGGUGCGCCUGCGGGCACAGCAAGCGCCAGCCCUUCUGUGACGGUUCCCACAAGAAGGAGGCCCCGGGGCUGUCCUCGCUGCGCUUCACCCCCAGCCAAACCGGCCCCGCGCUGCUCUGCGGCUGCAAACGCUCGCGGAGCCCCCCGUACUGCGACGGCUCCCACCGGGAGGUGCAGGCGGCGCCGCUGCCCCCCCGCGCCUGAGCGGGGCUCGGCAGCCCCGGGACCCCCGUCCUGACCCCGGCACGGGCGCACGAGAGGCUCCAAACCCCAAUGAAAUCCUGAUUCUGGAGCGCCCGGAGCCGCCCCGGCUGCAGGAAUUCGCCUCCCGGCCCCAAAUCAGCCCCUGGACAGUGGGAUUGGCAGGAGGGGCCGGGAGGUGUGAGAGUUCUGGGUGGGGCCCCUGUGGGGUUUGGGAUGGGGGAACCUGUGGGAUCUGAGGGGUUUGGCAGGAGGUUCUAUGGGGUCUGGCUCUGUGGGAUCUCUCAGGAGGCUCUGGGCACCUGCCUCUGCGCUGUUUGUUCAUUUCCAAAGCCGGACCCGAUGUUUGCAAAGGUUGAACCGAGGAUGAGCCCUGGAGAUUGGGAUCGUUCCUGGAGAUUGGGAUCGUUCCUGGAGACUGGGAUCAUCUCCAGGACAAUAAACAGGAUUCGAACACA